AUGAUUUCAACAAUCGGCACAACAACAAUUCAAGCCACGAACGGCGGGACUCUGUCCACAACUACAGCACCAAACUCGCUAGUCAUGAAUCCUACGUCAAUGUUGGUAGAGAUGAAAAGCUUUAUUCCUUCUUCAUAUACUUUUGAAACAGAAAUCCAGAAGAUAAAGCAAGAACUUUUAACAAGUAAUUUAGACUGUAGUGCGAAAGAUGAAACAAAUGAACAGUAUCUUUAUGAAAUGGAGGACCUCAUCGACCAUUUGCCUAAACUACCUGAAAUUCAGCAGCAAAAACUAACUAUUCCUGAAUUCGACGAAAUUGAAGUCAAAGCAACUGACUCAGUAGAAAUUAAGAAAUUCAUACGUAAAGUAAAUUAUGAAUUCCUUGGUUUUCAUUGCAACCAUAAAGUUAUGGACAAAGAUUGCGACAUGGUUUAUAAAAAUAUUUCUGACCUUUACAAAUCCGAAGAAUUUAAGACAUACGAUAACUUUGUUUCAUUAGUUGCAAAAUGUGUAUGGCAGAUAAGAG